AUGCAGCGCUCCAUGCGGGGUUUGUGGCUUCUACGGCCAUCGGUUACAACCUCCUCUGCGUCACGGCUACCGCCGCCGCUGGUGCUGCUGCAAAAACAACAACAUGCGCGUCGUUUUAUGAGUGACGGCGGCUCAAAUGGCGUGGAUGCCUCUUCCGGUGAGACGGCUGUGGCCCGCCGGGCUCUGCCACCGUCGGACUUCCCGGAGCGGAGUUUCCUCAAGUGCAUUGAGAAGGAGAUGCAGGACGAGGCCCUGCGGCUUGACAAGGAGGAAGGGCCGCCACCGCCACCGUCUGGGUGGGAGAUGUACCAUGCACCGGGGACGAGUCUCUUUUACGGCCGCCGCUGGUGGGUGCCGCCGACUCCUGUCACACCGACAGGGCAACGUGUGGCGCCGCGUGUUUUGGAGCGGCACACAAUCCGAGUGCAGCUCACAACGCGAGAUCCCUCACUGGAUCCGGAGUGCGAUGUGCGUGGCGAACACUUUCCCUUUUCCCUGUUUGUGCAACGCGUCGCCGAUGGUGCCGGUACGUCGGCAGCCACUGUUCAUGGAUCCUCCUCCUCGCCUCCUGUCAACCACGCGGAGAGGGCACAUGAGGUGUUGGGAGAGGAGGUGGAGGAGCGCGGCCUUUACGAGCAGAGUAUCGAAGUACGGGCCGAUUUUGUGGAAGGAGAAUUAGUUGUCGACCAUGUUGUCUUUCAUGGCACAUUUAAACCCUCCGCGGCAUUCAAGCCUCGGACGAAUACCCACAGCAAUGCAACUGAGCCCCAAGAAACUGAGGACAAUAAAAAUAAAUCCUCUUGUGUCUCGACAGAAUCGGAGGUGCAUUACAACAAUAUGUUUGGUGGUUAUCCUGGACCGAAUUUAGACGAGGCGGAGGAAGAGGUACUUGACGGGAUACAGGCCUGGCUUGCAGAGCGCUGUAUCGAUGAUCAAUUUGGUGAGUUUGUUGGUCAGUACUCCGUGUGGGUGGAACAGAUGGAGUACGAGAGGUGGUUACGGCAACUACGGGAUUUUGUGACGGCUUAA